GGGGAACCGACUGCGAACUCGACACCCCCGAACUGCUGGCGAACACGGGUUUGCGGCGCGGGAGGAUGCGCGCGAGUACUGUACUGCGGGCUGGGAACUGUAUGUUGGAAAAUUUGAGAGCCGUUCAGUAAAAACGAACUUGCCGAUCCGCUCGACCGUGGAACUGCCGCGCCGGCGUGUCGCUGCGCAUCCGCGACCAUGUCUCCGGGUGCGGCCCCCUCCGGCGGGGGAGGGAAUAUCAAGGUGGUGGUCAGAGUCCGUCCCUUCAACGGGAGAGAACACGACCGCGGCGCAAAAUGUAUCGUGGAGAUGAGGGAUAACCAGACGAUCCUGACCCCGCCACCGGACUUGGGGGGGAAAGGCCUCAAGGACCCUGGCCAGAAGGUCUUCGCCUUCGACAAGUCGUACUGGUCCUUCGACAAGAACGCGCCGAACUACGCCGGGCAGGAACACCUCUUCCAGGAUCUGGGCAAGCCCCUGCUCGACAAUGCCUUCCAGGGGUACAACAACUGUAUCUUCGCCUACGGCCAGACCGGUUCGGGCAAGUCGUACUCCAUGAUGGGCUAUGGCAAGGACGCCGGUAUCAUUCCGAACAUCUGUCAGGACAUGUUUCGGAGGAUCAACGAGAUGCAGCAGGACAAGAACCUGCGCUGCACCGUCGAGGUGUCGUACCUCGAAAUCUACAACGAGCGAGUGCGCGACCUGCUCAACCCGGCCAACAAGGGGAACCUGAAGGUUCGGGAACACCCUUCGACCGGUCCGUAUGUCGAGGAUUUGGCGAAGCUGGUGGUGGGGAGUUUCCAGGAGAUCGAGCACUUGAUGGAUGAGGGCAACAAGGCGAGGACAGUUGCGGCCACCAACAUGAACGAGACGUCGAGUCGAAGUCACGCCGUGUUCACCCUCAUGCUGACGCAGAAGCGUUUCGACCCGGAGACGAAAAUGGAAAUGGAGAAGGCGGCCAAGAUCAGCCUCGUUGAUCUUGCCGGCUCGGAAAGAGCAACUUCCACAGGCGCAACCGGCGCACGCCUGAAGGAAGGCGCCGAAAUCAACCGCUCACUAUCGACCCUCGGUCGUGUCAUUGCAGCGCUGGCAGAUCUCUCGACUGGCAAGAAAAAGAAAGGCGCAACGGCGCAGGUCCCCUACCGCGACAGCGUUCUCACCUGGCUCCUGAAAGACUCCCUCGGCGGCAACAGCAUGACCGCCAUGAUCGCCGCCAUCAGCCCGGCCGACAUCAACUACGACGAGACGCUCAGCACGCUGCGGUAUGCCGACUCUGCCAAACGCAUCAAGAACCACGCAGUCAUCAACGAGGACGCCAACGCCCGCAUGAUCCGCGAACUCAAGGAAGAACUGGCCCUCCUCCGCAGCAAGCUGAGCAGCGGAGGCGGCGGCGGCGGCGGAGGGGUGCCUGCUGAGGAGGUGUACGCAGAAGGCACGCCUCUGGAGCAGCAAAUCGUCAGCAUCACGCAGCCGGAUGGCUCGGUCAAGAAAGUAUCCAAGGCGGAAAUCGCAGAGCAGCUAAACCAAAGCGAGAAGCUGCUGCAAGAUCUCAACCAGACGUGGGAGCAAAAGCUGGCUAAAACGGAGGAAAUCCACAAGGAGCGGGAAGCUGCGCUCGAGGAGCUGGGCAUCAGCAUCGAGAAGGGCUACAUCGGCAUGUCCACGCCAAAGAAGAUGCCGCAUUUGGUCAACCUCUCGGACGACCCGCUCCUGGCCGAGUGCCUGGUCUACAAUUUGAAGCCUGGUCUCACGACUGUUGGCAACGUCGAGUCAAACGCAGACCACCAAGCCAACAUUCGCUUGAACGGAUCGAAAAUCCUCCACGAACACUGCGUCUUCGAGAAUGCGCCAGACGGGACGGUGACGGUGACGCCGAAGGAAGGAGCAGCGGUCAUGGUGAACGGGAAGCGAGUGUCGGAGCCAACGAGAUUGCACUCGGGAUAUCGAAUCAUUCUGGGCGACUUCCACAUUUUCAGGUUCAAUCAUCCGAUGGAGGCCCGCGCGGAACGGGCGGAACGGCAGGAGCAGAGCCUGUUGCGGCAAUCUGUCACGGCAAGUCAGCUGCAAGCACUCGAACGGACACCGGCAUCCCCAAGCCCGAGGCCGGGCCACGAUCGGAGUCUGAGCACUGCCAUCUCUGAAUACGGCGACAGCCGCCCAGAUUCGCCCGCGCCCUUCCAGCGCAACGCCAAGGAGUCGGACUGGUCGUUCGCGCGCAGAGAGGCGGCGCCUGCGAUCCUCGGCAUGGACCAGAACUUUGCCAAGUUGACAGACGAGGAGCUCAACGCGCUCUUCGAAGACGUCCAGCGGGCUCGGGCCGAACGCGUCAACGGCCGCGAGGGAGACGAAGACAUGGAGUCUAUGGCGUCGUACCCGAUUAGGGAAAAGUACAUGUCUACCGGCACCAUCGACAACUUCUCGCUCGACACUGCCUUGACCAUGCCGUCCACCCCUAAGCAGGGCGAGACGGAGGACAACAAGCUGCGCGAGAUGCGCGAGGAGAUGCAGAGCCAGCUGGAGAAGCAGAAGGAGGAGUACCGCGAGCAGCUCAAGAGCGCCGAGGCGGCCAACGUCGAGGUCGAGGAGAUCAAGAAGGAGAAGGCGCGCAUGGAGGAGACGCUGACCCAGCUGAAGGCCGACAUGCAGAAGCAGCUCGAGGCGCAGAGGCGCGAGUUCGAGGCCAAGAUCGAGAAGCUGGACCCGCUCAAGCGGCCCAAGGCGAGCCCCAAGCUGUCCGAGGAGGAGAUCGAGCGCGCGAAGGUGGCCGUCAAGCACUGGCGGAGUCGGCACUACGUGCGGAUGGCCGAGGCGGUCCUGCAGCACGCCGCCACGCUGAAGGAAGCCCAGAUCAUGAGCCACGAGCUGGACGAGCACGUCGUGUUCCAGUUCACCGUGGUUGACGUCGGCCACAUGGUGUGCUCCUCGUACGACAUGGUCCUCAACGGGCUGACGGGCGAGGGGGACGACAUUGCUCUCGAAGAGGCGCCGAAGCCGUGCAUUGGCGUCCGCGUCAUCGACUACAAGCACAGCGUCGUGCACCUGUGGAGCCUUGAGAAGCUCCAUGAUCGCGUCAGGCAGAUGCGGCAGAUGUACCAGUAUCUCGAUCAGCCCGAGUAUGCCCAGCAUCUAAGCAUCGACAACCCGUUCAUCGAGACGUGCAUGCCGCAGUACACCCUGGUCGGCGAGGUCGAUGUUCCCCUGAAGGCUGUCUUCGAGAGUCGGGUGCAGGACUUCACCCUCGAUGUCUUCUCCCCACAUACGUCCCACGCCAUCGGCAUCAUCAAGCUUGCACUGGAGCCGUCCAGCGCCCGGGCGCCGUCAAACACGCUCAAGUUCAACAUCGUCAUGCACGAGAUGGUCGGCUUCGCGGAGCGGGAGGGCACGGAGCUGCACGCGCAGCUCUUCAUCCCUGGCAUUUCCGAGGACGGCAUCACCACGACGCAGAUGAUCAAGGACUUUGACGAGGGCCCGAUCCGGUUCGAGAGCGUCCAUAGCAUGAGCGUUCCGCUGUUCGCCCCCCCGCAGACGACGCUGAGGGUGGCCAUCUUCGCCAAGGUGUCAGCCAUGCACCUCGACAAGCUGCUCAGCUGGGACGACAUGAGGGACGCGGUGCCCAGCUCCCGGGGCCGGCGGAAGGGCGCGCGGAUAAGCGAGGCGCACUUCUUCACCGAGGAGAAGCACGACCUGCUCGCGCGGGUGCAGAUCCUGGAGUUGAACGAGGAGGGCGAGUACGUGCCGGUGGAGGUCAUGCAGACCAGCGAGCUCGACAGCGGCACGUUCCAGCUGCACCAGGGCCUGCAGCGGCGCAUCUCCAUCCACCUCACCCACAGCUCCGGCGAUGCGCUGCCCUGGGACGCGGUCACGGCCAUGCGGGUCGGCAAGGUCCAGCUCCUGGACAGCGCCGGCAAGACGCCCGACAUGGGCUCGGCCAGCCCGGACAUAGCGCUCAAGCUGGCGUCCGAGCCCGUCUUCCGGACCAACGCGAACGGCACCCGCAGCGUCACGAUGGCGGGGCAGUGGGACUCGAGCCUGCACAACUCGCUGCUCCUCGACCGGGUCACGGCGGAUAAGUACCGCGUGCAGAUGACCGUGUCGUGGGAGGUCUGCUCCGAAAAGCUCGCCGAGCCCAUGAAGUUCUCGAUGGACGUCUGCUGCCAGAUCCUGUCGCGGUCCUUCGUGCGGCAGACGUCGCUGUUCUCGUCGCUGUGGCAGCACGUCCGGAUCGUCCACUCGGCGACGGGCAUCUUCACGCUGCAGAUGCGGCCGGCGCCGAUCAAGCGCGUGGGCGACCUCUGGCGGAUGAACAGCCAGUACGACUACGUCAAGGGCGAGGAGAACCUGACGGCCUGGACGCCACGCGGCGUGUCGCUGGUGGCGGACUAUAUCGGCGCGCGGAAGAGGCGCCGCAUGAUGGCCGAGAUGGCGGCGGUCCAGACGUUUCUCAAGAGGAUCGGCUUCCGGGACGGGCCUGAUGCUCAGCCGGAGGCCGAAGACGCCGACCUUCCGCCGCCGCCGGCGGUCAACUCGGACGCCGACUCCAUCGCCGAGCUCCUGAAAGACGACACCCCCGAGCCCUCCGAAGACGACGAGCACAAUCCUUCCGGAGACUCAACACCGCCUCCACAAUCACAACCGCAGCCAGACCCAGAACCCCAACCGCAACCCGAAUAUUCCGACCACCAAACAGCCCUCCUCACCCGCUGCCUCCGCCUCUGGCAGCGCUACCCAGACCCGACCCUCAAGAUCCUCUCCCCAAGCAACACCGACCCCCCGCCGGACGGCCCGUCCUCAGCCUCCGCUUCCUCCCACCCGCCGCCGCCGCCGUCCUUCGUCGCGACGGUCGUGCGCGUGCCCAAGAACCCGCACGUGCUCCGCGGCGGCUACCUGCUCGUGCCCAACGCCGAGGCGACCCGCUGGGUAAAGCGCUUCGUCGAGCUGCGCCGCCCCUACCUGCACGUGCACUCGGUCGUCGACGGCGAGGAGGUCGGCGUCGUCAGCCUGCGCAACGCGCGCGUCGAUGCGCAGCCGGGCAUUCUCGGGUUGCUGGAUGGCGCUGGGGGGGAUUAUUAUGAUCAUUAUGGAGGGGGUGGUCUGUAUGCGGGAGAGGAUGGCCGUGAACCACAUGGGGCUGGGCAGGUAAAUGGGUUUGGGACACCGCGACGCGGGGUUUCGCCUUCGCCGUCCCGGUCACCUGUCCCGGCGGCGAAGACGGGUGGUGGUGGCGGGACGAGCAGGCUGAUUGCGUCGCUUUGGCCUGGUAGUGGCGGCGGCAGCAGCAGCAGCGCACCAGCAUCUCAUAAUGGUGGCGGUGGUGCGGCUGCGGAGGGCGGGAGGGGAUCUGGCGGGAUUGCGCGGCUCAGCGAGCGGCUGCAGGCGGGCGUGUUCGCGGUCUACGGGACCGACAACACGUGGCUGUUUGCGGCGCGCUCGGAGCGCGACAAGAUGGACUGGGUCGGCAAGAUCGACCAGAGCUUCGCCAUGGGCAGCGGCAGUGGCAGCGCUAGUGGCAGCGGUACGGCGAGUCCGCGGGUGGCGGGGUGGUGAUUUGAGAAGGAGGAAAGACGAGAGAUUGGGGUUGGUGGUGGAGCAAGACAUCGAGGAAGAGAGAGAGAGAGAGAUGGGUGGGUGA